AUGCGGGACACCGUGGUCGUGGUCAAGAAGCCUAAAGAUGUGGACAGGUCUCUACUAAACAAGGAUUUCCAGGAUCAGCUUGAAAUUCUUAUGAACAUAAGCUGCAAAAAUGUGGUGAAGCUCAAAGGCAUAUGCUUGGAGACUAGAAUACCAUCGUUGGUUUAUGAAUACAUUCCGAAUGGCACCCUCUUCCAAUUCAUCCAUCAAAAUGAGUCAACCAUCUCGUGGGAAAAAUGCUUCAAAAUAGCCACCCAAGCUGCUCUUGCACUACACUCCAUUGCACUUGAUUAUAUGCACUCCAAAAAACAAUCCCCAAUCUUUCAUGGCAACAUCAAGUCAGUGAACAUACUUCUGGAUCAAAACAACUCAGUGAAAAUAUCUGAUUUUGGAACUUCGAUACUCAUAUCACCAGAGCAUAGACAUAUCGUAGCCACUCAAAAAAAAGACUCGUGGGGUUACAUCGAUCCAGAAUAUUUUGUCACCGGUAUGCUAACACCUCAGAGCGAUGUAUACAGCUUUGGAGUUGUCCUUGUGGAGUUGCUCACAAGAAAGAAACUUCAUGUUACCGAGUCCGGAAAGUCAAUCAAUACUAUCCAUCGUUUCAUCUCUUCUGUGAAGGUCAACAAAUUCUCCGAUGUCAUAAACUUUGAGGGCGCUAGUGAAGACGAAAUGGAGAGAGUACGAACCGUAGCUAAGAUUGCAGUGAACUGCUUGGACCAAAGCGGUGCAAACAGGCCGACAAUGAGCGAUGUGGCUCAACAACUCGCCAGUAUCAACCCAAGCUCAACAGUUGAAGAAGAGAAUGAAGAGCCCGAACCGGGAGAGGAUCCAAGAAUCCUCAAGCUGUCCUUCCUGUCUGGGAAUGGAUUUAGCUUCUUCCUGUAUUUGAUCCUUUAUUACCGUAGCAACAUAUCUAAUAAUGUCGAGUGGGCAAAAUUCAAGAAUGAUGGAUUUCCUCAGUAUCUCGAGCUAUGUAUUGUAUUUGGUGGUACAUAUGCUACUGAGGAUUACGCCAUAGGAAAUGCUAAAGAUUUGACGGUAUCGGAGGAAGAUGACAAUGGUGAUGGCAAUGUAGGUGGUGAUAAUGGUGGUGGCAAUGCAGAUGGUAACAAUGAUGGUGGCAAUACAGAUGACUUCAGUGAACACCACAUUGAUGAGAGAGUCUUUACAUGA